CCGUCGCAGCUACUCCCCGCAGGAAGCGGGGGGAAAACUGUCAUGGCGAGCUCGGCCGCCUCCUCGGUGCGACCGCCGAGGCCCAAGAAAGAGCCGCAGACGUUAGUUAUCCCUAAAAAUGCGGCGGAGGAGCAGAAGCUCAAGCUGGAGCGGCUCAUGAAGAACCCGGACAAAGCAGUUCCCAUUCCAGAGAAGAUGAGCGAGUGGGCGCCUCGACCUCCCCCGGAGUUCGUCCGAGAUGUGAUGGGUUCGAGCGCCGGAGCCGGCAGCGGGGAGUUCCACGUGUACAGGCACCUGCGCCGCAGAGAGUACCAGCGACAGGACUACAUGGACGCCAUGGCCGAGAAGCAAAGAUUGGAUGCAGAGUUUCAGAAGAGACUGGAGAAGAAUAAAAUCGCUGCGGAGGAGCAGACAGCAAAGCGCCGGAAAAAGCGCCAGAAGUUAAAAGAGAAGAAAUUAUUGGCAAAGAAGAUGAAACUUGAACAGAAAAAGCAGCAAGAAGGAGCCGGUCAGGCCCAGGAGCCACAGUCCAGGAGCUCUGAGGAGGCGUCUGGAACAGAGGAGGAGGAGGAGGAGGAAGACGAGCCCAGCUUCGUCAUGGGGCGAUGACAACGCAGCUGGGGCCUGGCUCGUUCGUGCCCAGGGCUCAGCGCACCCUGUACGCCCAGCGGGGAGAGGAGGCCUCCCUCUCGGCCUCCCUCCUGAGGCCUCGCUGGGUGGGGAGCACCGGGAACCCUGCCCUGACCCCCGUCAUCCGUGAGCUCAGAGCUACUGGGCCGGGGGCCGUCUCUUGGACACUGGACGCUGUUCACAGUUCAUCUGUGUCCCCGCAGGAGAGCGCGAGCGCCCAGCCCACUGCUGGCACGGCUCUCACAUGUGGACAGCAGUGACUUGGGGCUGGGAACGCUGAUGUAGUAAACCUUGGUUUUUGUUCAGACAUGUGAAACGUUG